GCACGAAAUUUUCAAUGAUUUGUAGAAAAAUAUUCAGAAUAAAUCAAUGAAAUACGAAGAAAAAGAGAUAUGUCGGAACUCGAUACCAAAUGGCAGCUACCUCCUGUUAGACCUGGCAGACUUUGGAAUGUUUCCAGCAGACUGGUGAUAAGCAGUGUCUCGAUAUUGAGCAAAAUUUGGGGAGGUUACCUGAAUAGUACCAAGACGCACAAUGUGGAAAUUCUCCAUGAAGCUUUAGAACGUCCAGUAGAUCAACCCUUAAUCACAGUGUGCAAUCAUAUGUCAUGCCUCGAUGACCCUGUUCUUUGGGGUAAGCGGCAGAGAGGUAUACUUCGAUGGAGACAUCUCCUCCUGCAGCCCAUGCAUCUGCGCUGGGGACUGGCCGGUCACGAUAUCUGUUUCACAAAGGAGUGCCAUGCCUUGUUUUUCAGUCUGGGUAAAACGGUGCCAAUCAUAAGAGGAAAUGGUGUCUACCAGAGAUCUAUGAAUUUUGCAGUUGAACAACUUAACAAAGGAGAUUGGGUGCACGUGUACCCAGAAGGGAGAGUCAACAUGACAAAUGAACUCAUGCGAUUUAAGUGGGGAGUUGGGCGUUUAAUAGCUGAAUGUAAAAAUCUUCCUCUGGUCAUACCAUUUUGGCACAUAGGCAUGGACGACAUUCUUCCAAAUUACCAGUAUAUGCCAAAAAUAGGAAAAAAAGUGACAGUGUAUGUAGGGCAGCCAAUCGACUUCAGGGAACAAUUGAGAAAUCUUCGAGAAUCAAAGAAAACUGCUAUUGAAAUACGGAAGCAAAUCACAGACAGGAUACAGGAGGAGUUGCACUCAAUAAAGCCAAUUGCUGAAAAGCUUCAUUUAGAAUUCAAAGCUGGAAAGAAGUCAUGACGAAUGGCAUAGAGACAUUUCAUAUUCUACAACUUACUACUGACUAAUUUUACUCUUUGAGUCAUUUGUCUGUUGGGUCAGUGAUGUGCCAUAUACCAAGAUUUUUAGGACUUGUGUGUCUGUUAUUGGACAAUUAGUGUGAGAAAGUGUGUGCUUAGAAUUAAAGAGGAUCCAACUACUAGAAUAGAGGCCAGGAGCUUUCAUGCAUACACAAAGUGCCAGUGACAUCUGACAAAGACUUCUUGGACUGGUUUCGUUAUCUGUCCAUCUGGAGGCAGUGGGAUUUAGAUAUGGCAGUGCAGAGUCAUUGUCUCGACCUAUUCACACGGAGAAGACAGAGAGUAUUAUGUAUUGAGAUUUUAUGUAUUGUGUAUUAAUUUGCUGCGUUUGUGCAUUUCUAAACAUCAUCUUGAAUAAAAUUAUUUAAUUAGAAAA